GAGGCUACUGCGGUAAGAUGCGGCGACGCACGAUGCCGAGCCGCGGUGGAUGAGAGGAUGCGCAAUGGCCGAACGAGUGGGGGGAGAGACCGAAAUAAGAUUUCACUGUGGUGUGCGGCUCUAAUUCAGACGAUGGGACAGAAGUGAACGCUUGUUUGACUGAUUUGUAGUGCUGUAGCGCCAGUGAUGCAGGCCGACUGGAAGGAUGUGGUGGCGCUGAUCCCACUGAAGGAUGCUCCACAGCCCGAGGAGGGUUGAAUAGGCUUCGUCUGUAAACAACAAGGAAGCAGAGAGACAUUAAGUAAAGGACACUUCAUUCAAAGCCCGGGCCGGAGACACAGGCAUCGAAUGAGGUUGUUUUCUGACAGCUGAAAGAGAGACCAGCCGACAGGGAGGGCGGUGAAGCUCGUAAGACGGCGUCAUUGAGCAUCAGUCUGGAAGAAAACAAACUUCUCAUUAUCCUCUCUAUCAUUGGCGCUGACAGCUGGACGUCUGACCUGGGUGUUUCUUUUCUUUGCCAGGAGACUCUCAAAGUUAAGGAGCGAUAAAGGGAAACAGAAGCACAACUCCAUCUCCCUGUCAGGAAAACAACUGACUCUAUUUUUGUCCAAAAACUCUGAUGUUGUCAGAAAGAACUGUUAAAAGAUGAGCGAGAGUCAGCUCUCUCUUGCAAUAUCAAUAUUUUCUGCCUUGUCAGAAUGAAUCAGUAAGAAAUUCUUGAGAGUAUUUCAGCAAUUUCAUAAUGUUUAGUGUAUUUUUUCCAAACUUUGUACCUUUGACCUGUCACGCUCUGAAUCAAAAAUAGGCCUUAAGAGUGCCAGCGUUCCCUCUCAAAUGAGAACUCAACUUGACCUGACAGGCUGCAUUUUAAUAAAGCAUAAGCGAGGACAAACCAAUAAAACAUAGAUGAGGCCAACAACAAGCAACAUGCUCCAGCAGAAUAACAACAACAACUACCCCUGCCUGAAUGUGUCAGGCUCUACCCGGGAGAUGCUCCAGAAGUGCUCCAGAGCCUCUCUGCCCUUCCCCAGCCGACUGGAGCUGGGCCUGGGAGACCUGCCUCUGAUCCGGGGCCUUCGAGCCUGGGCCCUGUGCUCCAAGAACCGCCGGAAGGCUGGUGGUAUGCUGGGAGGAGGACAAGCCCCCACAGCUCCUCCUGCGGGCCAUUGGGGUUCGACUUCCUGCCCCAGGCCUGCAGACGUGUACCUGAGUGGGGAGUGGGGUCGCAUGGGGUAUGGACUUCCCUUGGGACUUGAUGCCAGGCAGGCUGGGAUUGGAGCUUUGGUAACAGUUGCCACUCUGAAGACCUCAGAGGGCAGCGGGAAGACACAGACUCAAUGCCUCUUCCUGCGGACUGAGAAAGGGAGCUGUUUGUACUCCACAGCUAAGCCCAGUUCUGGUGUGACUACCAGUGGAGCCUCCAGCGUGGUUGGGGGAUGGCUGAGAGGAAAGACAGGAGGAGGAGGCAGAGACAUCCCAGCCGGGAGGAGGGACAAUGGGCAAACUCUCCCUACACAUAACGGAGUAAACCGGGUCAGGGUGCGAUCUGGCCGGAGAUGGAGGAAGUCCAGUAAUGCAGCAGCCCGUGAGAAAACAGGCGUGAGCAGAGAGAGGCAGCAGAGCAGCAGGGAGGAUCCUGCUGAAGAAAUCACUCUGGAAGAAAGGCAGGAAGAGCGAGACAAAGGAGGCCUGGCCACUAAACAGUUUUCCAGCCCACAGCAGGACAGCAGGAGAGCCAGACAAGAGAAAGAGGGAGCAUGCGGAAGUCCUCGAUGUUGCCACAGCGCUUCUCCCAAAACCUGUACUCAGUGUGGAAGGACAGCACAAAGGAGGGGAAGCCAGGAUGAACAUGAGGGAGGUGAAAGUCCAAGAAGAGGCGCCCAAAACAGGCUGAAUAGUGAGGAAACAGGAAUGAAGAAGGAGAGGCAAAAAAAUGAAGAGGAGGAGAAGGGAGGCCUCUGUGCAAUAGAGUCAUCUAACUCUGUUUUGGCUGUACCAAGCCCUGACCUAGAAUCUAACCUCUUUCAGCCAGAAUCCCACAGCAGCUGUGAUGUUGAAGAGAUUAAAGAGGCCGAGAGCAACGAGGAGCUGAAGACACAAACCUCUCACAGCAAGGAGAAGUAUUCAAAGACAGAGCAGGAUACAAAUGAGGUUAUGAAAAUACAUACUGGAAACAGUGGUUUAACUCAUGGCCCCUUUGGGCAGAUUACUGAUGACGUAACAUCAAGACAUAAUAGAGAAUUUGAAACCCCCUGUGAAGAAGCAGAGGCAUUUGUGAAUGGAUUAUCUGAUCAUGUGUCAGCAGAUCAAGAAUUGGAGAAAGAAAUGGAGAGUGUGGAAGAGGAGAGAGGGAGCAUCAAUCAGACUCCUGCUAAAUUCUCGGUUGUAUCCGACUGCAAUGAGGAAAUCUCUGUCUCCACCUGCCCUGCCUCCGUCAGCGCUGCAGUCUCCCCCAAGCCCUCCGCUCCUGUAGAGGGCAGCACCUGUGAUGCUGACCAUGAGACUUGUGGUGUUCGAACAGAGCAAGAGAACAGCAGAGAGGAUUGCCUUGAGGGGUAUCAUUGUGGGGUAGCAGACCCUGGAAUCAUUGGUAAAAAAGAACUGAAUGUUAGCAGAUUAGAGCAACAAGAACCAACCUGUGUGGCUGACGAGAACAAAAAGGAAAACUCAAAGUUUUUCUUUGAAAACGUAGAAAACAGCAGCGAGUUAGAGGCAAGACAGACUUCAUCUUCACCUCUAAGACAUGGAGAUCCUUCUGUCUUUGAGACAGACAGGAGGAUCGUAACAGAAAAUGGUUGCAACUAUGGUACAACUGAGCUUGAAGGAGCAGAGCAAAGAGAUGAACUGGUGUGGGGAAAUAGAGAAGAGGUGUCCCAUGAAGAGAAUAUAGAGGAGAGAGUAAAUCCUGAGGAAGGGGAUGAAGCUUUGAGGAGGGAGUGCAACUGCAACGAGCUGGACGAUGGUGAUGGUAAAGGAGAUGACAACCAAAAACAGCACACUGAGGAUGACAUAAACAACAGUACUAUACAGGAAGAUAAUGAUGAAGCAAUGAGAAACUGUGCACUAAAAGACAACUGGAGGUUAGAGGAGUCUACAGAUGGAUGCAGUGGAAGGGAGGAAGAGGAUGGAGACACCUGUGGACAAACAAGCAUCACCUAUGUUGAGGCAAAUGGAGAGACCAGCGCUAACGUUGCCUGUGGUGAUCCCUCCACCUCUCUUGCACUCUCCUUGGUUAAUCCUGCCUCGUCUUUGCCCCCCCUGGGAUCCAUGGCAACCAGUCUGCCCUGGCUGGAGGCGGAGAAAGAGGAGGAGGAAGAGGAGGAGGAAGGGGUCGGAGUGCCGGCAGGAGAGAGAAAAGAAGGCCAGCAAGGAAAGAGGAGGCUUGGAAGACAACUGAAGGAGCAGGGUGAGGAGGAGAGGGGCUCCACCGUGGCCACUGAGGAGGGGAGGAGAACGGAGGGGGAGGAGGAGGAGGAGGAGGAGGAGGAAGAUGAAUUUGGAGUAUUCAUGCAGGCGGAGGGAGAGCCGGCCUGGAGCGAAGGAUACACCAUGUCUGCCUCAGUGCCUUGUGGGAGCAGAGAGAGUGUUGCACCUGGAAACCACACCAUCACCGGGGAGUUGACCCACUGGACACCAGGCUGGAUGGACAGCUCAUUCCACCAGUCAGACGACACCUGGACAGCCUUUCCUCAGAAUUCGUCAGAUGAAGGUCGGGACAUGGUGGGACGGUGGUGGCCAACCAGCGCUGUAGAGGAGAGCAGAGACAGGCUCUCAACUAACCAGAAUCUGGCGUCUGUCUUUGCUGAAGCCUUCCCGUCCUUGCCUGGUUCGUCCUCAAGUGACCCUUGUGACCUCGAUACUGUUCCCAUACUGACCCAGCUCCUCAGGGGCAAAGCCAGCCAGGACCAGGGGCUGUUGGACAGUUUCCAUGACUUGAACAAAAUGAUUUGCCAGCGAUACAAGAGAGCGGAUGGUGUGUCUCGUGACCUGCUGCUGAGGACUUUACACCUGGAGCAGCCGCACACUGAAAGCAGACCUGCUCCCUGGACAGCCAAUCGCCGUCUCUCCCCUGGCCUCCCAUCAGCCAAUCAGCACGCUCAGAACGCUGCCGCUAAGAGACGGCUGUCAUAUGACUACAACAGAAACAUCAUGGAGUAAGCGCACAGCUAAGCUCUGGUUGGACUGUGAUUCAUCAACAUUUAUCUGAGGAACUGCAGACCGGACUAACACAGGUUUCUCAAGACUCUGGAUUGACAACGUGUAUACUAUCUGCUCGUCAAAUACUGACAGACCUUUUGACUCUUUGCACACUUCCUGGUUAUUUAAGCCUGAGCCGGUGAGAAGACGUAACCUGAAUGAAAACGGAGCCACAGUUGUGUUUCAGAAGUUGUCUCCUCCAGCUCCUGUUGUAUACUGGAGUGUUUCCAUUACACAUGUGCCACCUUGUUCACCACCGCUACCCUCCAAUUUUAAUUUUCCUUUUCAACCCUGAUAACAGGAAGAUGUCAAAGACUGUUUAGAGUGCAAUGACCUGCAGUGAGAAGGUACUCAUGAUGAAAGAGGAGUCAGGAACAUUGUCAUGUCACCACAUCAAGGAAGUUUUUCUUCCUGUUAUUUUAUUAUCUCUGAUUUAAAGGUCCAGUGUGUAGGAUUUAAGGGGAUAUACUGGCAGAAAUGGUAUACAAUAUAAUAAGUAUGUUUUCUUCAGAGUAUAAUCGCCUGAAAAGACGAAUCAUUGUGUUGUCGUUACCUUAAAAUAAGCUGUUUACAUCUACAUAUUGAGCGGAACGGACAAAAAAACAAAACAAACACUGGCUCUAGAUAGGGCCAUUUGUGUCAGCCAUUAUAGGUAAAAGACCCUCCACGUCAAGCAGCACAGGAGAGACAGAUUUUUUUAUAUGCAGCUGUUUUACUCAGUGUUUUUACUAGUUUUAAUCAUCUGAUCUGUUUGUUUUUGAGAGGAAGAGACCUCUGCAGAUAAUUUGACUCGCAAUAAAAACCUCCUUAAUGUCUGGAUCUUAAGGUAUUUGAGAAAAUAGGUGAGCACACAUUGGCAGGUGCUGCAAUGAGCCAAACAGCAUCGGAGAAACUGAUUAGUAACGUGAAACUGUUUUUUUUCAGUGUUUUUACCAGUUUUAAUCACCUGAUCCGUUUGUUUUGGAGAGGAAGAGACCUCUGCGGAUGAUUGAGCUCCAGGUCAAAAUCUCCUUAACACUGAACACUGAAGGAAUCCUAACUGGGACUUGGCACUCAGGAGAAGUUUUAGCUGGUUGUGAUCUGCAAUCCUCACUGCCAGAUGCCACCGAAUCCUACACACUGCUCCCUUAAAAUGGACAUAAAUAGAAAUUGUCUCAUUGUUUGAAUUAAAUCUUAAUGGGUUGAGCCAAACAAAAACACUGGCUUGCAAGGAAUGAAUGGUUAAAAAUAAAAAUUAUAUCAUUUUGGAAGGUAAAAGAUAUUUUGGCAAAUAA